AAGCUCUCUCCCAGCACCGAGGCCUUGUAAAUCGGCUGUAUCCGGAAACAAAGGUCUGACAGGAAUUACAACAGGCAGCACAUGCUGCGCAUUGCACAACACUGUGCUUUCCAGAAGGCGGCUGAGCCCUGGUGCACCAGCACACGCGCCCAGCCCGCCUGCUGCAGCCCCGGCGUGCUGUGUUACUACUGGUUUGAGAAAAGUCCUUGAUGAAUGUGAGAUUUUCAGAUGUCCACACAAGACCCCAGAUGAAGCUGUGCAGAGCAGAGCCUGGCUGUUCUCAAGGCGUGAACCACCUGCGGCCACCGCCACCCCUGGGACCGGAGCUCCCCACCACAUCCCGGCCCUCGGGUCCCCAGCUCCUGCCAGCUGCUCCCUCACGGCCCUGUGCCACCAUUUCAGUCCUACAGGGCCCACAGCCGAAGCUUUGAGAAUUCAUUUCAUCAUGACCUCUUAUGAAGAAGCUGAAACUGAGGAAACAGCAGCAUGCCUCCACAUGACUUUUUAUCAUCCUUGCCAAGACGACAAGAUGAUGUUUCGCUGCCUGAAUUUCUGUAAGCGAGAACAGGUCAGGGCAGAUGAAAUGGCCAAGUUUGGCCGCGACUCUAACAUCUGCCAUUAUAACUUGGUGGAUACUCGUGUUUCUCGGAUUCAGUUUUCACUGCAGUUCUACAGAAAGCCUAACAGCUCAGAAUUGUGUUUUGAGAUAAAGAACAUGAGCAAGAAAACAAAGCUGUUCGUGGACCACACAGAACUGGGUUACUUAAACAAAAUCGACCUGCCAUGGAAGUGCAUCGUUUGUUUUGGGGACUACCAGAUUUUAAUGGAGAUUCAAGAAGGGGAGUCCUUGGAUUAUUUUGAGACUCACUUACACUUGGCAAAAGCACCAAUUUUACAAGAAAAAUGCAUUCCAUUGCUACAACCCAUACCCGAGAACAGCUUUAUCCCAUCAUUGUUUCCUUCCCAAGGCAAAAGCCCUAUAGAGAUUGAUGAAAAUGAGUCAUGCUAGCAGAGAGAAGGAGGCUGGAUGAGAUUUUGAACCUGUGAAACCUGCAUGAUUUAGGAGCAAAAGGCCAUUAUCUCAGCCUACCUCUUCAUGGUUCUCACUUCUGUACAUCAGUCCUCUUAGUGUUUUCAAUACCACGACAUACUUUGUUGAACAGAAACAAAUUCCUGCCACUGUCUUUACCAGGGCAUACGUUCUCUCUGAUCUCCACUGUUUUCCACAUAAACAUAUGAGAGACACUUAGAGCCGCUCCAGUCCAUGGUAGCAGAUUCAGUUCAAGAACUGUGACCACAUGCCUCAAAGAUGUAUUUAACAGCUUUUAAUGUAGAGUAUUCAGAACAAUAUUUUAACCACCACGUUGGUUAGCUAAGGAGGGAUGUAAUGUCUUGCUGCAUUUCUUACACUUUUUUUUUUUUUUUUUUUGCUUUUGACAUUAAGCUCUGAACAGUAUUUUCAAGCCUAGGUUGUAACUUCCCAGAUUUUGCAGCUUAGAAGUACUUUGUCAGCAUAGCAUUUUUAAGUUAAUGUUUAUACUAACUUUGCACAGAAAUCUUCUUUCUAUUUGGGAUUAAAAUAUAUGUUUUUUGCCAGUAAAGUGUUUUUGCUUGUGAAUGUAAAUAAACAUGCAAUAUUUGUGAUCGUGUUAUGUAAAGACCCAGCUAAAUUUUGUAGUAAAGCAUUUGGUUGUCCAGUAAGGAUUUGUCUUUUUGUACAAGUAUGGUCUAAAAACACUUGUGUGAUUAAAGUCACUUCUGGGACAGUCCAGAGAAGGAACUUUCACUGCCAGUAUUCUGGGCUUGCCGAAAGUAGUGCUGCUCCAAGACAAGAGUCGACUAAAAGCUUUCAGCAAGCCUUCUCCCUAUUCUGCCCCCUCACUUCCCACCCACCUUGCACUCUUACAGUUUUAUUUUCAGGUAGGUUUUUCUCACUUUUUUUUUUAAAUUUAUUUUUUAUUUUUUUAAGGGGCUCAGCAUUUCAUUAGCACUUCCUUUUUGUCAGGUGAUUUGGAUUGUUUGAAAGACACUGGAAAGGCAUAGAAUAGGCACACAUUUUAGCCUCUAGCAUUAGCAUCUGCUCCAUAACCUAUCCUAAACAUUCAGUAGAUCAAUCUCCUGCCCUAUACACAUCCAUCCUUACCACUGUACAGCACUGAAGAACUUUGUGUACCUUUGCAACAUACUGCUAUUGACCCAUCUGUCUGAGGAAUUCUGGGAUAAGGUUUACAUUUAAGGUGUUUCCUUUUAACUUUCUAAACAUUGAGAAUGCCUUUCAACUUUAUUUAUUACAAUACAAGAAAACCAGGAUUAUAAUGGAGGGUAGAAUCGUUGAAUUACACAACAUACUCUAAGAUUAAGAGAAACGAGCGAGAGAAAGGAGAGAGUCUCAUCCUUGCCAAAAAUACCUUGUUCCCAUGUUUUCUACCCUUUGAAGUAGCCUCUGAUACCUGCUGCAGUCUUUGGGACAGACGUGCAAUG